CGAACCGAGUGACGUCUAGACCACGGGCGGCAGAGGGGGAAAACAUGCCAGGCCAAGCCCUAUUUUACUAAGCUCUCGUCCAGUCUCUGCCCUUUGCUGCAGCUUGCCUACCGCUUCGAGGAGACAUUGCUGUUGAUCCGAAUGGAUUCAUAUAGAUUCGAUACACGCAACCAACGGGUGCAUUACAGUACAACCCGUAGAUUCGAUUGCGCCCAUGCGGAUGAACGCAUUGCAUUCGAUCCUGCCAUCGGCCCCCUUUCCGCCCGGGGUUCAUCCAAAUCCCGACCCUCUCUCUCUCUCACUCGCCGUCUGCUGGCACGGUGGACCUCGGGAAUACAAUUCUCUCUGUGCCUCCAAGCAAGCAAAGUCAACAAAAAAAAAACAUGUACAGCCCGGUGGUCCCGGGUGCCCUCACAAAGUUCGCCGAUUGAAGAAAUACCAAGACCCCGAAAAAGGACGAGCACCAGCAUCUUCCGUCUUCGGCGAUUCACUUACCCAACCAAAGCUGCGACGACGGUCACCACACACGACACACGACAACCCCUCGGAAAAAGAAAGAAGAAGAACAGGAACCGAAAUAAGCAAAGAAACCGACACGCAUACUCGUUCAAGACAUUACCUGCUGCAAGCCUGCACCAUCACGGCCGCCGGCGCGGCGCAACGCAUUCGCGGAGGGCCUCCCGGGCGGUUCUACCUGCAGGAUCUACCUUGUGCUGUGCUGUGCUGUGCUUCCAAGUAGCAAGCGUACAUACCCUCCAGUCCUCCGUACAUGACUACUCAACCCUACCCUACCACCCUCCCCACCUUAGCUCGAGGAGCUGAGGUGGUACAUCAGAACACUAGGACGAGGACCCUGCAGCUCCUGUCCUCCGAGAAGCUAAACCCCUCUUGGAGUCUCGAGAGGAAAUAAGGCGGGGGUGCCGG